CAGCUCGAACUUUCUUCGUCGUCUUAGCCACGCAUUUAUUUCCAGCUCAACAUGAUGUUCUCGAGACAUACUGGGGUGUUGCUCACGCUCAAUAGCUUCGUAGCUGCGAUUCAGUAUGAUGGACCCGCUGCCACUCCAUCGAUUAAGGGAUUCAGCGCGGAUGGAUGGUCCCCAAAACCGACGGGUGGGCCGAUUAUGGAGUUGUUUAGACGGCAGGAGGACCCAUCAUUCUGCGGGUAUUUGGAAGGCGAUGCGGAGGCACCAAUUUCUUGUGACGUUGGUAGCUCAUGCAUGUACAAUAAGGCUUUCAGCUGGUUUGGGUGCUGUACAGGUACCGCUAUAACCGACUGUGAGGUUGCUACCGCUUGCGUCGAGAGCACUAAGGUCUCGGACUGCCUUAAAGUUUCAUCAUGCGCAAAUGAUCCCCUCGCCAUUGGCUGUACACGGUCUGCUGCACCGUUCUGUAUGCAGCUGUAUACCGUCGUUUCUGGCGCUACCUAUGGUCACUUUGCAUGCGGCGCCACCGAUGUUACCGCCGAAGUCCUGAGCAGUGCAACCACCGGCGGGGCCUCUACGGGGAAGGCUUUCACCACGAGAAGCUCGAGGUCGACCAAGACAGAAGAUGACUCGAAAUCAAGCUCUGGAGAUAGCUCCAGCUCAGAUUCCAGUACCGCAGCACAAUUUUCCUUCUCUCUUGCGUCAGGGACCACUGCGAAUGUGGGAACGGUGACCCGACUGAACAUCCCGACGACGAAAUCGGCCUCCACUGGGGGUGCGAUGAAGACGGCAGAAGCCGUUUUGGGUGCUGCGGGAGGCGUAGCGGGAUUGCUUGCUUUGCUUGCUUAAGUGAGUGAGGAAUCGAGGAUCCCUGGGUGGAAAGGAGUUGAUAGGUGCUCAUAUAAUCAUAGAGCAGGGAUCACUGCGUAAAUUUUCGGAAGUUAUGCCCUCUUUUUUAAUAUUAAUACACCAGAUGAUAAAAUGGACAUAGAAGUAAUUCACACUUCUCUAAUU